GAAGAACGCCUCAAAGAGCAAGCCCGCCUCCGUCGGCUCGAGCGGGAACGCGAGAUUGCAGAGGCUGGCGAGAUCGACUGGGUGCGCUCGGGCGGGACGCUCCGCGACGCGUCCGGUCGGCGCGACGUCGAGCGCACUGAGCGCAUCCGCGCCGAGCUGCGCCGCGAGGCAGAGGAGAAACGAGCCCUCGCGCGCUGGGCCGCGUACGAGGCACGCUGGCAGGACUUCGCCGCGUCCAGCGGGCCCGUGCGCUUCGCCGACAUCCCCUGGCCGGUCGAGGAGACGCCGAAGUGCGCGAGGGAGAUCACGUUCCGCAAGAUCGAGGACUUCCUGUUCGCGGACCUGGCGGCGAGGGGGAGUACGGUGACACGGAAGGAGAGGAUACGCACGAGUAUGCUGAGGUGGCACCCGGAUAAGAUGGGACCGGUCGCGGCGCGGGUGGUGGAGGAGGACCAGGCGGACGUGAAGGAGGGCAUCGGCGUAGUCUUUAGGUGUCUGAGAGCAUUGCAAGAUCCCAAGAAAGCU